AUGAAGUCCUGUUUGUCUUGCAAGCAUUGAAAGGACAGCUAUUUACUCCUCCAAGUCACUGGCGUUAAUAACGUUAGCCUGGUGCUAGCUAGCUGUGCCAGUUAGUGGCUAGUACACAUACGUUCGCUAACUGGUUCACCAGCCAACUAACUGGCUAAGAAAGCAUGAUCAUUUAACUUGGCAUGACUGUCGUUCACUGAGUUGCUAGCUAACCUCACCAACGAUCGAUUGCCUUUUUCAUGAAACACUAAGUUAGCUUGCUAACAGUAGUUAGGCAGCCGGUAUAACAAUAACGUUAGAUGGCUGGUUAGAAGAUGCCCCAGUAUCUGUUUUUAAUAUUAUUAUUUUAUUUUUUAUUUCACCUUUAUUUAACCAGGUAGGCUAGUUGAGAACAAGUUCUCAUUUGCAACUGCGACCUGGCCAAGAUAAAGCAUAGCAGUGUGAGCAGACAACACAGAGUUACACAUGGAGUAAACAAUUAACAAGUCAAUAACACAAUAGGAAGAAGAAAAAAAAAGUGGAGUCUAUAUACAUUGUGUGCAAAAGGCAUGAGGUAGGCGAAUAAUUACAAUUUUGCAGAUUAACACUGGAGUGAUAAAUGAUCAGAUGGUCAUGUACAGGUAGAGAUAUUGGUGUGCAAAAGAGCAGAAAAGUAAAUAAAUAAAAACAAUAUGGGGAUGAGGUAGGUAAAAAUGGAUGGGCUAUUUGCCGAUAGACUAUGUACAGCUGCAGCGAUCGGUUAGCUGCUCAGAUAGCAGAUGUUUGAAGUUGGUGAGGGAGAUAAAAGUCUCCAACUUCAGCGAUCUUUGCAAUUCGUUCCAGUCACAGGCAGCAGAGAACUGGAACGAAAGGCGGCCAAAUGAGGUGUUGGCUUUAGGGGUGAUCAGUGAGAUACACCUGCUGGAGCGCGUGCUACGGAUAGGUGUUGCCAUCGUGACCAGUGAACUGAGAUAAGGCGGAGCUUUACCUAGCAUGGACUUGUAGAUGACCUGGAGCCAGUGGGUCUGGCGACGAAUAUGUAGCGAGGGCCAGCCGACUAGAGCGUACAAGUCGCAGUGGUGGGUGGUAUAAGGUGCUUUAGUGACAAAACGGAUGUCACAGUGAUAAACUGCAUCCAGUUUGCUGAGUAGAGUGUUGGAAGCAAUUUUGUAGAUGACAUCGCCGAAGUUGAGGAUCGGUAGGAUAGUCAGUUUUACUAGGGUAAGUUUGGCGGCGUGAGUGAAGGAGGCUUUGUUGCGGAAUAGAAAGCCGACUCUUGAUUUGAUUUUCGAUUGGAGAUGUUUGAUAUGAGUCUGGAAGGAGAGUUUACAGUCUAGCCAGACACCAAGGUACUUAUAGAUGUCCACAUAUUCAAGGUUGGAACGAUCCAGGGUGGUGAUGCUGGUCAGGCGUGCUGGUCAGGCGUGUGGGUGCAGGCAGCGAACGGUUGAAAAGCAUGCAUUUGGUUUUACUAGCGUUUAAGAGCAGUUGGAGGCCACGGAAGGAGUGUUGUAUGGCAUUGAAGCUCGUUUGGAAGUUAGAUAGCACAGUUUCCAAGGACGGGCCGGAAGUAUAUAGAAUGGUGUCGUCUCCGUAGAGGUGGAUCAGGGAAUCGCCCACAGCAAGAGCAACAUCAUUGAUAUAUACAGAAAAAAAGAGUCGGCCCGGGGAUUGAACCCUGUGGCACCCCCAUAGAGACUUCCAGAGGACCGGACAGCAUGCCCUCCGAUUUGACACACUGAACUCUGUCUGCAAAGUAAUUGGUGAACCAGGCAAGGCAGUCAUCUGAAAAACCGAGGCUACUGAGUCUGCCGAUAAGAAUAUGGUGAUUGACCGAGUCGAAAGCCUUGGCAAGGUCGAUGAAGACGGCUGCACAGUACUGUCUUUUAUCGAUGGCGGUUAUGAUAUCGUUUAGUACCUUGAGCGUGGCUGAGGUGCACCCGUGACCGGCUUGGAAACCAGAUUGCACAGCGGAGAAGGUACGGUGGGAUUCGAGAUGGUCAGUGACCUGUUUGUUGUACCUGUUUGUUGUACCUGUACUUUAUGCCGCGUUCAAGACAACUGGAAACUCGGAAAAAAACAACUCCAACGGUUGCUUGAAAUCAAUUGGAACAAUCCUAUAGCUAGUCAUGUCUGUAUACUAACUGCAUUGUUAUUGUAUCACUACACGUAAACACUCCCUCACAGGUAAGCUGGCUGGCUGUAGACAAAAACAGAUGUUACAGGAUUGAAGCACCUGGGUUGUUGUUAUGGAUAGAAACUAUCCAGCACAAGCAAGCCUGUUUUCUACUAAUGGGCCUCAAUCAGCCUGUCCUAUGAUAUUGGAGAAAUUAACCACCACCAGGCUUGUUUACUGCUGUUGUGUUCCUGCUAAUGUUCAAAUGGGCCCACUGCCUAGUUCCUAAACAUUCAGCAACCACUGGGAUGAAUAUCAAUUGUAUAUCCAUGAUUUCCUGUAUCCUCCCUUCUCAUCUCCUUUUCAGAAGAGCUGAGCUUCCUCCCCUCUGCUAAAAUGUGUUUUGAGAAGGCGGCAAGGAGAGAGGAUGCGAGGAAUCAAAACAAAGGCUCCCUCCAGUUCGAGGACAAGUGGGACUUGAUGCGUCCCAUCGUCCUCAAGCUGCUCCGCCAAGAGUCAGUCACCAAACAGCAGUGGUUCGACCUCUUCUCAGAUGUCCAUGCAGUAUGCCUAUGGGAUGACAAGGGGCCGGCCAAGAUUCACCAGGCACUGAAAGAGGACAUCCUAGACUUCAUCAAGCAAGCACAAGCACGGGUGUUGAGCCACCAGGAUGACACGGCGCUGCUGAAUGCCUACAUCGUUGAGUGGAGGAAGUUCUUCACUCAGUGUGACAUCCUGCCCAAACCCUUCUGCCAGCUGGAGAUUACGCUCAUGGGCAAACAGGGCUGCAACAAGAAGUCUAACGUAGAGGACAGCAUCGUACGGAAGCUCAUGCUGGACACGUGGAACGAGUCCAUCUUCUCCAACAUCAAGAAUAGGCUCCAGGACAGCGCCAUGAAGCUGGUGCAUGCCGAGCGCCUGGGGGAGGCCUUCGACUCUCAGCUGGUCAUUGGUGUCAGGGAGUCUUAUGUGAACCUGUGCUCAAACACGGAUGACAAGUUGCAGAUUUACAGAGAGAACUUUGAGAAGGCCUACAUGGACUCCACCGAGAGGUUCUACAGAACACAGGCCCCCUCCUACCUGCAGCAGAACGGAGUUCAGAACUACAUGAAAUAUGCAGACGCCAAGUUGAGAGAGGAGGAGAAACGGGCGCUGCGCUACUUGGAGACGAGACGGGAAUGUAACUCUGUACAAGCACUGAUGGAGUGUUGCGUGAACGCCCUGGUGACGUCCUUUAAGGAGACCAUCUUGGCCGAGUGUCCAGGCAUGAUCAAGCAAAAUGAGACAGAGAGUGAGUACGGGUGGAGUGCUCCUGGCACCAAAGGCUCGGCCAGCACAGAGCUCCACCUCAUGUUCUCUUUGAUGGACAAGGUGCCUAGUGGCAUUGAACCCAUGCUGAAUGACCUAGAGGACCACAUCAUGUCUGCUGGGCUGGCCGACAUGAUGGCCUCCGCCGAGACCAUCACCUCGGACUCUGAGAAGUACGUGGAGCAGCUCCUCACCCUGUUCAACGGCUUCAGUAAACUGGUGAAGGAUGCCUUUCAGGAUGACCCUCGCUUCCUCACAGCAAGGGACAAGGCUUACAAAGCAGUUGUGAACGACGCUACCAUUUUUAAAUUAGAACUACCGCUGAAGCAGAAAGGUCUGUCUGUCAGGGUGGGUCUGAAGACCCAGCCGGAAUCAAAGUGUCCAGAACUGCUGGCUAACUACUGUGACAUGCUGCUGAGGAAAACCCCGCUCAGCAAGAAACUCACCUCCGAGGAGAUCGAGGCCAAGCUCAAGGAUGUGUUGCUGGUGUUGAAGUACGUGCAGAACAAAGACGUGUUCAUGCGCUACCACAAAGCCCAUCUGACGCGACGCCUCAUCCUGGACAUCUCCGCCGACAGCGAAAUCGAGGAGAACAUGGUGGAGUGGCUCAGGGAGGUAGGCAUGCCCGCGGACUAUGUGAAUAAGCUGGCCCGCAUGUUCCAGGACAUCAAGGUGUCCGAUGAUCUCAACCAGAACUUCAAAGAGUGUCACAAACACAACAAGCUGGCCCUAUCAGGUAAACCAGCGGACUCUGUUAACAUCAAGAUCCUGAAUGCCGGGGCGUGGUCUCGAAGCUCAGAGAAGGUGUUUGUGUCACUGCCCACUGAGCUGGAGGAUCUCAUCCCCGAGGUGGAGGACUUCUACAAGAAGAACCACAGCGGCAGGAAACUGCACUGGCACCACCUCAUGUCCAAUGGCAUUAUCACCUUUAAGAACGAGGUGGGACAGUACGACCUGGAGGUGACCACCUUCCAGCUGGCAGUGCUUUUUGCCUGGAACCAGAGGCCCCGGGAGAGGAUCAGCUUUGAGAACCUCAAGCUGGCCACGGAGCUGCCUGACGCUGAGCUCCGACGCACCCUAUGGUCCCUGGUAGCGUUCCCCAAGCUAAAGCGGCAGGUGUUGUUCUACGACCCCGUGGUGGGCUCGCCCAAAGACUUUGCCGAGGGCACACUCUUCUACGUCAACCAGGAGUUCUCACUAAUAAAAAACUCCAAGGUCCAAAAGAGGGGGAAGAUCAACCUGAUUGGCCGGCUUCAGCUCACCACGGAGCGAAUGAGGGAGGAGGAGAACGAAGGAAUUGUCCAGCUCAGGAUAUUGAGAACACAGGAGGCCAUCAUCCAGAUCAUGAAGAUGAGGAAGAGGAUCACCAAUGCCCAGCUGCAGACGGAGCUGGUGGAGAUCCUCAAAAACAUGUUCCUACCCCAGAAGAAGAUGAUCAAGGAGCAGAUGGAGUGGCUCAUCGAGCACAAGUACAUCAAGCGCGACGAGACUGAUCUCAACACCUUCCUCUACAUGGCGUAGCGCCGUUGACGACGUUUAAUUGUGGUGACAACGUGUGACUUUGGGGGUUCUUCAUCAGGCCUGAUGGACAAUAGAAUAUUUUUAGGCCCGACCCUCUUUGGGAAAAAAUAUCUUUGGUUCGUGAGGGUUCAAGCCUGAUGGACAAUAGAAUAUUUCCAGGCUGACCUCCCUUUAAUAAACAGAUGAUCUGUUGCAUGGGGAAAUGCAGACUUGAUUUAUGACAGCGUUACGGAAAUGUUUAAAAGGAGGAGUUUGUGUGGGGAAAUUAAUAUAUGCCAUUUAGCUGACGCUUUUAUCCAAAGCGACUUACAGUCAUGUGUGCAUACAUUCUACGUAUGGGUGGUCCCGGGAAUCGAACCCACUACCCUGGCGUUACAAGCGCCAUGCUCUACCAACGGAGCCACAGAAGGACCACAAUUAAAGGGUAAGAAAGAAAAUGAGUUUGAGCUUCUCAGCUGGAGUCGACACCCACUGAGUUUUCAGUUGUCGUUUUUGGCUAGAAGGCGUUUCCUAGUCUGUAGACGGGACAUGGUUGGUGGUUGUGAAAGGUCUGUUGCAAUGCGUCGUCCUCCCUGUCAAACCACCCCGCAGACCAUGCCCCCUCUCCCACCCCAUCCAUGAACACCCCACCACAAUUGGAGUAACAUUGGUUGGUGUUGGGUAUCUCUAACGACAUGGCAAGAAAUAGGAAAGGCGUUAGAAGAAGCUCCGUUUCCCUCCAUAUCUAAAGUCCUAGUUUUGAGCCAGGCCAACACUAUUCACCGGACCUCUUCAACAGAACGAGUUGUGUCCCCUGGCAGCUGUCUGAGCCAAGCUGUCGGCCAUGUUUUUUGUGGCCACUGGUGGUGACAAACAAAGCACUAAAGACAAUUACUCUCUGCUGUCACAAAUGUGACGCCGUUCUUGGACAUUCAGGGUUUGUUUCCCGGGCACAGACUAAGACUAGUCUUGGGUCUAAAAAAUAUUUCUCAAUAGAUUAUCUCCAUUGUCGGGGAAAUCUUCUCAACAAUAUGUUAUAUUUCAGAAACUGUUUUCCCCAAAAGAGACGGACUGUGGGCUAUUAGUUCCCAGUUCCAAAUCGACCCCAAGCAUUCUACCCAUGGGAACUUGUCUUUCAAAUUCUGACAACAUCUGAUAAGUGCACACGAUAGACUUGAUGGAGCUCUAUCAGAAAGCAAGGUGGAGUAAUCACCAUAUUGGUGGUCGCUCAUAUUCAAUCUCUUCAGAUCUACAGGAAGAGUUUAAGCAUAGCUGUUAACGGUCGGUUUAGAAUUAGGCCAAUAUCACCUUUUCCGGAUCUUUACCCCUCAUCUCUGCAGGCUGCCUGAGCUAAGCCUCUGGGGGAAGAGGGGUCGUGUGUAUUAUAUGGUAAUAACUAGCUCUGGUCCAGAGCGUUUAAGUACGGCUCACUGACGCUGAACUUGCACGGCAUUAGCAAGUCGCACGUAAACACCCUGGACCAGAGCUAGGUAAUAGCCAGAACUAUAUAGAAAGAUCUGGUUAUAUAUAACUGUAUCUUUAUACAUGGCUCUGAUGGUAGGUAACUACUACAAUACAGAGCUAAAGGAGUGUACAUAAAGAUGUUGAUGAUUAAAUAAACAGCACCUUAUUAUAAAA